UUGUGGUAUUAAAUAGUAAGGACGGCCCUCUAUGUGAAAACGCUCGAUGUUCCGACAGAUGUAUCUCGCGCAUGAAAUACGGUAAACUGUACGUAAAAGCUCAUCAUAGUUUAUCACAGUUAACUGUCUUUCUUGUGUAAUAAUUUUGGUUGUUUGUCAGUAUAAUUACGUACAGGAUUUUUUUUCACAAAUUAUGCAAGAAUUUCCUUACGUGUUAUCAGAAUACGAGGAAAUAAAUCCUCUUCUUUAUAAGCCUAUUAAUUCAACUCAACGAAUCAAGUAUACAUGUUUCAAUACAUCUCCAAACUAUAUCGUAUUAGGUUCAACUAGUGGUAGUAUCUACUUAUUUUCAAGGAAACCAUGCUCCUUUGUACAAUUGAUACCCUUAUCGGAAGGAGCAGUUUCUUGUGUUCUCAUAUCACCUGAUGAGAAAAUAAUUGCCUUAACAACAAUUCGUGGUUUAGUUUGUCUAGUAGCUUUAAAGCCUACGCCAAAAUUGAUAGCCAUAUCAAAUGAACAUAUUCAUAAACAAGUUAACUGCCUUUGUUGGAACGAUAAUAGCUCUGAACUAUAUAUUGGAGAUGAGUGUGGAAAAGUUUCUGUUAUGGUGCUGUCUAUUUUUACAGUAAACGGCAUGUUUCAAGCACCGGCCUGUACACUGAUGAAUUUAGAUUCAACUAUUGUACAACUUAACUUCUCAUCACCUUUAUUGUUAGUGUCAACUUUGACACGCUGUUACAUAUGUGAUACAAUACAAGAACAUUAUAAACAAAUAGGAAAUAAAGCACGGAACGGAGAAUUUGGUGCUUGUUUCUAUAAAACAUACCUUAUAGAAAAUAAGACUGCUUCGGUCGACCAAAAGGAAGAAAAAUUAAUCAGUAAAAAGGGUUCUUUUAAUUUCAUUACAGAGAGUAAUAGCAAGGAACAAGAUGAAAAUUUUCCUCAAAUAUUUUGUGCUAGACCAGGAUCUAGGCUUUGGGAAGUGUCUGCAAAUGGAGUAGUGAUGAAAACUCAUCAGUUUAAAGAAGCACUUGCUAUUUCACCUACAGUAAUAUGCAAGCCAAAUAUUAGAAAACUCAUUUACCAAAAGCAAACUGAACAAAUCUGGCUGCCACAAUCUAUUAAUUUCUCCCAUCUGUUUGUUAUUGCAGAGAAGUACUUAUUUUCAUAUACUUCCACUGGUCUAUAUAUUAUUGAUCCGCUGAAUGCAACUGUGGUACUGUGGAGUAACGAAUUUUCAAAUAUAACUUUUGCGGAGACUAUAGAAAACAAAAUAUACUUGAUGACAUCUGAUGGUGAAUUUCACUGUUUAAUUUUGUCUCUCCUAGAUUCCUUAAUAUUACGAUUGUACAGCCAGAAAAAAUAUUACGAAUGUUUAGAGAUAUGCCUGAUGUAUAAAGUACAAUUAAAGAAAUUAAUAAAGAAUAGUGAGAUUAAUAAUAUUUGUGAUAUAGAGAAUAGGAUAUUUAGAGAUGAUGAACUGUCAACAUUAAUUCAUCCUUUAAUACUUUCGUUAGAAUCUAAUGUGAAAAUAGUUCCAAAAAAAUUAGAUUCAGGUAUUGUAAUCGUUAAUUGCGGAAAUUCAGAUCUGAAAAAUGAAGAAAGUUUUAAAUUUCACUCUGUAUCCCAUUGUUCUUUUCAAAAUAAUGAAAGUGAAUUAAUAACAGAAAAGAAAACAUCAACCAAUUUAUUAAAUGACUUUGAUAAUAAAGUGAAAAGGGAUGAAGAUACAAAUUGCAAUACAGCGGAGGAAAUAGAAGAAAGUCAGGAGGAAACCAAAGAGAUAUUGAAUUCAAAUAAAAGUGUAACACAAAGAAUACAAGCAGAUCUGGAAAUUAUAUAUGCAUUAGUUGGUAAUAUUAGGCCUUUAAUGGAUGAAGAAGAAUUAGAAAAAAUAAUUUUAGAUAUAGAUUGGAGGAUGAAUGUUAUCAAAGAUUCAUAUGAAAACUUAGAUGAAUUAAAGAAUUUUGUAUAUGAAGUAUUAAGAAGCGUAGAACUAUAUUAUUUUAAUGUUCUAUUAGAAAAUGUUUCAAUACAACUAAUACAGUCUACAGAUAACGAAAAUAUUACAAAACAGAUAAUGAAAACUUUUGUUAAUGUGAAUACACAGAGUUGCAGAAAAUGUACCUGUGGUAGUGUGUAUCCAAUGAACGAACUAAUAGAACCAAAGUUCCUGGAGAUUGGUAGAUCCCUUCUUAAGAAAAUGUUAGAUGAAUGUAAGGAGCACUGUAUAAAUUUAUGUAACAAAAUACCUUACAUGUGGCGAGAAUUCUUGCCACUUUACACAGAACAGCAUGGUAUUAUGUCGAAUGAUCUAAUACAUCAAUGCCUUCAAACUAGAGACAAUAUUGUAUUUUCCAUUCUUUUACCGUUAUUGGAUGGAAAACAUUGGAACUAUAUUGCAACAUAUACAAGAGAAAUACAAGAAGGACAGUGUCUAUUCUGUGGAAAGCCUAUGAAAAGGGGAAAUCACGAAGAGUGGGUAAACUGGACUGCUGUGAUAUAUGAAAUCAUGAAAAAACAGGGACCUGACAUUGCCAUGACACUAUUAAUAAAAUUAGAAAAAGCUAUUCCAAACAUUCAUAUUGAUAGAAGUAUAUUUCAAUCUAUAGUAUUUACAAAACUUUUAUAUCAUCAUGGAAUGAAGUGUACCAUUAAUUUUAAUAAAAAUAACUUGGAAUCAUCUGAAUAUGAUACAAUAUGUUCUACAAAGAUUCAAGAUCAAUUGGUAGGAGUUCUCAAAAAAGACUUAAAUAAAGUUAUUAAUAAGAAUGUUUUCGAGAAUGGGCCACAUCAUUGGGGGAUUCGUUAUCAAAAUAAAUUAUCUACAUGUUCUUGUUGCACAUUGUCCCUUCAAACACCAGUUUUAUUAGGUAAUAAUGGAAUUGCAAUAUUUGAUUGUGGCCAUGCUUAUCAUGUAAAUUGUAUGAUAGAAAAGAAACUCACUGCCUGCAAUCUUCAUUCUUAAUUAUAUAUGCACAACAAACAUACAAAUAAAUCUCAUAAAAGAGGAUACGAAUAUUAAUGUGUAAAUGUAGCUCUUAUUAAAAUGGUUUCCAAAAAGAAAA